AUGACCACUCAUCUCACAUCCAAGGAAGCAUUUGCAAAGCUUCCUCAGAAGUUGCACAACUUCUUUAUCAAAUACCCACCACGGCCAUUUGCCCAGUACAAACAAGGCCCUUCAACAACAGACGAUCCCUUGAGAAACCCAUUUUUCCCAAACAAAAACCAAGAGUCUGGAAACUGGCAGAGCCCCAAAUUUUCCCGCAGAAGAUCAGCAGACUUGUUCAAACUUGCAAAAAAGUUUGGCAUCCACGAUUUAUUGCCUCCUACACCAAGAAAGUUCCACGAAGAGAAAUACAACAACAAGGUCUGGUUACACGGAAUGAUCAACCCCGCUAGCAGAGGCAAACAAGAAGAAUUAGAGGCGAAAUUGAAAGCCAGGGCAGAAGCCAUUGCCAAUAUGGAUAACAUCAUUGUUGCCACCAGACCAAGCUAUAAAAAAUUAUUGGAAAAAAGAGAAAAACGGAAAAAGACAUGGUUCUAA